GUGGUUUGACUUAAAUGAUAGUGUUUGUUUGUUACUGGUCGUGUUUUUCUCUGCAGGGAUGAUGUCCUUAGGGACACCGUCCCUGUCGCUGGGAAAGGGAAUGAGAGUGGUGCCACAGCCAAAUACCUCUGUGGAGCAGGUGCUGGCAGUUUCAGACAAAGUGGGACACGAAAAUGUUGCAUUCGCUUCUCGUAUGAAGCGGGUGCAGGGCUGUGGGUUUGGGAUGCAGGGAUUCCAAACUUAAACACGUUCAAGUGUUUACUUGGAUUCACCACUCAGCUGUUAGAUAUCUCUUUCCGUGUUAAACACGAAGAGGGUUAUUAUAAUGGGUUAUGUAAGCUAAGGUCUGAUGAAGUGUUUUGAAUGUGGAGAUGAGGAAAUCUGUACUCUGUCCUGGAGAGGGCGCUGUAAGAUUUGCUCGAGACUUAUCAGAAAGCAAACAAAACAACACUCACUUCCUGGCGGGAUUCAAACAGCAAGCUGCUUUAAAUAAACACGGAAAUUUUAGAAUUAAGUAACAAAUAUGAAAAAGGAGACCUCUGAAAUUUUUUUGCAUUAUUGCAAAUAAAACGAAUGAUGUUACAAUCAUAAACACCGACUAAAAACUAGGGCAGAAAUGGUUUGAGGAUAUAGUUAAAGUGUUGAAUUUUUUAUACGUCCGACGGACCUUGAAGGGGCCAUCAGGCAAACAGAAUCUGCGAUGCAUUAACUGUGAAUUUAUGACGGACAAAGAUUUGUUAGUAACUAAGACAAACUAUUAUUCAUAGCUAGCAAGCAUUCGCUUCAAGCCGUUUUUUAAUUUUAUGUAAUUAAAUUCUUAAAAUAACUUCAGUAAAACCUUAUUAAUUUCGAAGUUGUAAUAUAAUAGCUUGGCAUAUUAUGAAGCUGAAGUGAGAUUUGCACUGUUAUAAACGUCAACUCGGGAUACUUGUAAAGUUAAGUGUACAGACUGAGUUGGCCAUGGUUGAGGUUUGUGUUGGGAAAAACGUUCCUGCAUUGACAGAUUUGCCCGCAGCAUUUGCAUCAUUAUCCUACUAAAAAUCACAACCUGUCUUUGGGGUUGGUGCUGGUUUGACGUCUCGCACAUGGACAACAGCAGCUUAGAUCAGAUGGUGGAGACUGUGGGCCAGAAUGAGGGUCCAGCUGCUGAGGAUUACCCAGCACAGGAAGACACCUCACCAGCAGACAUGCUGAGAAUCAAGCAGCAGAUGGCGAACCAGUGUUUUGAGAUGACUGUGCAGCUCAACGCAGGAAAAAGUAAGCGGCCCUGCAGCACAUCUCAGGCAGAAAGAGAGCUGCCAGACUGCAUCUCGGAGCUUGAACGUGUGAAGACGGUCCAUUUCAACAGCAGCCUGGCUCUGCACAGAAUACAGAUGUGGAAUGCUAUAGGAGAAAAAAUGAAGCAGACGGAUCCGGAUGCAACGGACCUGAAGGCUGUUAGUGCUCGCUGCAUGGCUCUGUGUUCGCAGAUAAAACAGCUCCAGAUGGAGACCAGAAAUCUUCAAGAUGAAAUUACAGAAAUGCAGAAGGAGAGACUGGAGAUUAAACGACUCACGCAUGAGAAAAUGAAAGAGACGCAGGAGUUAUUGUCCAACAAAGAGCAUCCAGACUCAGAAAAGUACAAAGCGGUGCUGGAGAAAGGCCAAGAAAACCUGGAGAUUUAUAAGAAGAUGGCCAUAAUGGCACAGAAUGUCCUCAGGGGCAUCCUGUUGGCGUGUAAAGUUAACUGGCUGGAUGAGCCAAACCUUCGUGAAAUUGUAAUGACGCUGGAGGACUUUCCUAUCUCUGACUAGAGCAAACAUUAAUUUAUCUCCGUUAUAUGUUUUUAGUAUUGUGUUAUUUAAUAAAAAUGUAUUAAACCCCG